AUGACAGCUGGCUCUGUCUCAGUUCCUCAGGUCAUACCACUUCGAAUCCCUCUUCCAGGGAAGGCUAAACAUGAAAUAGACACAAAUACUCUCAUAGAAAUAAAAUCAGAUGGAAGUAAACCAGAACUCAUUAGGAAACCUGGCUAUGGAGAGCAUAACACUCUUAAGUAUAAGGGCCCGAUUGUAUUACCAGUUGGGAAAAUAAUGCUCAAGGCACUGGCAGUUACAAAGGACUGCAGGGAGAGUACAGUUGUAACAAAGGUGUUUCUGGUAGAGUACAAGCAACGAAACAUCCCCUUGUCUGUUGAAGAAAAUGACAACAAUUUCCUAAAAGAUAUCGCCUCACAGGAGAGGAAAGGUGGGAUGUUUACUACAAAACCAAAGAAGAAUGGAGUGAACAUGGAAAUCAAGCCUGCCUGGAGUGAAGCAUCCCAAGAUUUUCAAGACUUGGAAACAGAAGGGAAGACUGCUCACAGAUCCCCACAAGGACCACAGCUCCUUGCCAGUCAUUUGGAAACAACAGAGUGCAGAGAGGAAUCAACCUCAGCACCACUAACAGAGUCGUUACAGUUUGCUAGUUCUUCUGCAGUGACUAGCCAGAAAAGCUUAGGAAACACACAGGUGGCAAGGAUCCAGAGGGAAACUGAUUUCCUCAAAUGUGCACACUGUUCUGCACCUCGCCUGUCUGACCCCUUGGCUCACUUCUGUCAGGAGUGUGGAUCUCCUAUCCCAGCCAUGCCAGUACGUCACUUCCCACACCCUGAAGGAGCACAGAUGGCACCAUGUCUUGAAUGCAGACAUCUUGUGCCAAUGAAUACACCCACUUGCAUUGUAUGUGAGUCGCCAAUAGCUCCACAGCUGCAGCCCCAAACCAACAACUGCAUAAAGGGUAAAGUAAUUUGUCAGGAGUGUGGCACAGGAAAUCCUCUUCACCAUAAACUCUGUGUGACUUGUGAAAGCAAACUGCCUGAAAUACAGACGCCCGUGUUUGGAGGAGACACCCUCUCACCUUAUUCCAGCCAGCAAAGGAAGACAGUCUUGUGCUCAAAAUGCAAUCGUGUUAACCAAAGUGAUGCCCAUUUCUGUGACUGGUGUGGAGCUAAGCCAGGACCUCCUCCAUCCUACUUUACUUGUUUCAAGUGUGGUACAAGCAACCGCCCAUACGCUCGCUUCUGUGGGUCCUGUGGUGUUUACAUAGAGCCCCCAUCAAGGGUGGGUUCUCAGAACGGCAGUCUCGUGGAUGCUGGGCCGUCUGAGGCUAAACGAUUUCAAGCUGAAGUUGCCUGGCAGCCUCUUCCUAUUUCCUUGCCCGAAUCAAGGGCAGAACUAAGAGAAAGAGAAGAAAAAGGAACCCAAACCAUUGGACUUUUUUACCCAUCUAGCAAACUGUUGGAAAAGAAGGAGCUUGAGCUGAUUUCACAGAAACAAAAGCUGGAAAAGAUGAGUGAUCAUAAGCCUCUCCUGACAGCCAUUAGUCCUGGAAAAGGUUACUGGAGGAAACAGCUGGAUCACAUCUGUGCACACCUUAGAAGCUAUGCUCAGAACAACCUUGAAUUCAGAGCCCUGAUUGGAGAACCUCGAAUGGGAAAGAUUAAUUCUGCUGCCGUCCGUGAGGAUGACUAUGAAGUCACUAUUACACUGAAUUACGCUCUUGCUAUUAACAAGGACAUUCAUACUAACAAACUUUUUUUGCAUUACCUGAAUACUGUAACAGAAGUUGGAGAUGGACAGGAUGGCAGUAUGACAGGUUCAGGCAAAGAUGAUCAUAAUCUUUUCCAUUCAAGAGACAAAAUAAAAAGAACGAAGUCAAGCACACUUACAGAAAAAGAAGAUAAGCUCCCCCCAGAGUCCAGACAACUACUGGACGAACUGGGUCCAAAAGGGAAAGGAAGAAUCACCUUGGUAGGACAACUGCUCAGUGAAGGAGCUGACCCGAACUGCCUCAGCGACAGGGACAGGCCUGCUCUCACAGUUGCUGUCCUGAACAAGCACGCGGAAGCAAUCUCCCUUCUUGUGCAGAAAGGUGCAGAAGUUGACCAGCAGUCAGGACUGCAUGGCAACACUGCUCUCCAUGAGGCAGUUCUGCUUGGAUUGGAGGGAGAGGAGUGCAUCCAAGCCCUGUUAGGCUGCAAUGCAAGCAUAGAAAAGAAGAAUGCAAGAGGGCAAUCAGCAUAUGAUUUGGCUGUUACAGCUGGAAAUGAUGAAGUCAUUUCAUUGUUCAUAAGUAAGCUUGGACAGGGAACAUUGGACAAACUUGCAAAACCCAGGAACAUUAGUCUCAUCAGUGUGUGAUUGCAAUGGCCUUUUCCCCCCAAGAUGGAGCUGGAGGUUCUUUGAGUUUGGGAGCGCCUAAGCACGUGCCUAGUUCUGUCUGCAGACUUCACAACCUCAAUCAACUCAGGCCCUGUAGCAGCCAACUAUUUUGUACAAGAUUCCCCCAUUCCUUCCCAGCAGUUCAGAGUACAACUCUUCACUGUCCAUACUCUGUUCUGCAAGAUUUUUCUUCCUUUCCAAACCUGUGCAAGGAGAGGGAGCAACCAAACCUUCCACGGCACAAGGACAUUUUAAGGAGACCUGAUGAACACUGCUUAAGACAGUUUGACACUUCAGCAAUAGCACUGCAAGCUGUACUCCCAUUAGCUUAUUUUCCAUUUUGAAGUUAAAACUGCAUUCAGUGCAGCUCAUUGCAUUAAAGGUCAGAUUCUUUUCCUCCAGAAAAUUGAGUAAAAUUACUUUGCUGUUUUGCCUUUAACUUUUACUUAUAAAUGCACCAACAUGAGGCAGCAGCCAACUACAAAUAGAUGUUUACAAGGACAGCAGACACGCUAACAUUUGGGAUAAUUAGACAUUAAUAGCCACAAUCCUAACCCCCUGAAGGAGUUUUAAAACUCCUUCCCCAUUUUAUUUCCAAAAGUAUUUAAAAGCAUUGGUAUAUUCAGUAUAAAAACGGAAGUGCCUGCCAGCUCUUGCAAGAAACCUAAGUUUUUGCUCCAACAUAUCCAAAAUGGAAACAGCUGGGUUUAAAAAAAUAAAUUACAAAUAAAACCACAAGUAGCAAUCCUUAAUUAAACCAACAGGAAGAAUAGAAGAAUCCCUGCAGAAAAAGAUUAUGUAUGCAAUGCAUCAACCCCAGGUACUUCCCGGACAGACUCAGGUGAAUGAAGGAGAAUUCAGUCUGCUUCUCACAGAGACAGACAUUCUGAAGACAAUUUCUUGAAACACAGUCAUUCAGUCAAAUUGGCAGUGCCAGAGCACACAUACAAGAC